AUGGCACCUGUCGUUUAUCUCGUCUCCGGAGCUAACCGCGGCAUUGGUUUGGGUAUCAUCGCCGCUCUGGUGGCUCGCGACGACGUCGCGGUCUUCGCCGGCGUGCGCGACCUAUCAUCCGCGGACGCGCUCAAAGAUCUGGGAGCACAACAUCCCGGGAAACUGCACGUCGUGCAGCUCGUUUCUGCCGACAAGGCGAACAACGAGCGCGCCAUUGGUGAGAUCAAGGACCAAGUCGGACGCGCCUCGAUGCGACGGCGCGCAGGUAUCCUGACUUGGGCCGAUCCGAGCGCCGAAGCGCCCGCUUCUGAAGUUUCGCGUCAUUUCGAAGUCAACUCGAUCGGACCUCUGGUGCUAUUCCAGACGGCCUUUCCCCUCCUGAAAGCUAGCACCGCGGAUCCCAAGUUCGCCAUCAUAUCCUCCAUAGCGGGGAGCAUCGCGAGGGGAACCGAGGUCCCCUUAGGUUUCCUCCCGUACGGAAUGUCGAAGGCCGCCGUCAACUACCUCUCGAAGAGAUUACACGUCGAGUACGCCAGCGACGGGCUAGGCGAGUGGCCAGCCGUCCGGUCUUCGCACCAAAGGUUGACGUAA